ACGAGUAAAGUCUCACACUAGGAAAGUAAGGAAACCCAUCGGCAAAUAUUGCCUUGGAGAAGACGAAAACCCCUAAAUCCUCCAUUAAUACCACCUCAAUCCUCUCCCUAGGAUCUUCUUCAUUCCCAUUCUUCUUCAUCCAAAAAUGUUUAGGAAUCAGUACGAUACGGACGUCACCACAUGGAGUCCCGCCGGGAGGUUGUUUCAGGUCGAAUACGCGAUGGAGGCCGUCAAGCAAGGCUCCGCCGCCAUUGGCCUCCGAUCCAAGACCCAUGUGGUUCUAGCUUGUGUCAAUAAGGCUAACUCCGAACUAUCCUCCCACCAGAAGAAGAUCUUCAAAGUCGACGAUCACAUCGGCGUCGCCAUUUCCGGCCUUACUGCUGAUGGACGCGUUCUUUCCCGUUAUAUGAGAUCUGAGUGUAUCAAUUACAGCUACACUUAUGAAUCUCCGCUUCCUGUCGGUCGUCUCGUUGUUCAACUUGCUGAUAAGGCUCAGGUUUGCACCCAGCGCUCAUGGAAACGUCCAUAUGGAGUUGGUCUGCUGGUAGGUGGUCUGGAUGAGUCUGGCGCUCAUCUUUACUACAACUGCCCGAGUGGGAAUUACUUUGAAUAUCAAGCUUUUGCCAUAGGAUCCCGUUCACAGGCUGCAAAGACAUACUUAGAAAGGAGGUUUGAGAACUUCAAGGACUCUUCUAGAGAUGAGUUGAUCAAAGAUGCACUGAUCGCUACCAGAGAAACCUUGCAAGGAGAAAAACUGACUUCCUCCAUAUGCACAAUUGCCAUUUUAGGAGUUGGAGAGCCUUUUCAUAUAUUGGAUAGGGAAACUGUUCAGAAGUUGAUUGAUGAAUUUGAAAUCGUUAAGGACGAUGACAUUCCUGCUGCGGAUCAGGAUAUCGCCCCGGAGCAGGGUGAUUCUGCUGUCCCUGAAGCAGCUGCAGGGACAGACCAAGGUAGUGCCCCGGAUCAAGGCGUGGCGCCAAUGGAUAUCUAAGGGGACACACCGUGCAGAGGUCGCCUCCCCUUCCCCCACUUCCUGGGUCUUGCUGUUAGGUUUGGUUCUUUAGUGCAGACAUUUUGAUACUUCUCUAUUGUGGCCUCAGAUUUCGAUUUUACAUUUAUGAAGGUUGUAUCAGACUGUUGAAAAUGUGUUAUGACAACUGAAUUGUGUUUUUAUUAUAUUAUAUAUUCGGAGAAGAACAGUAAGCUGAUCCACAACGGUCCUUGGACAUUGGAA